AUGGCUUUACAAGGAUUUGAAAAAACUAAAUUACCUUUAACUUUUGUUAUUGUUGGAGCAGGAUUAGGAGGUGUUACUGCAUCAAUAUGUUUAAGAUUAGCUGGCCAUAAAGUUAAAUUAUUAGAGGCUGCAAAAGAAUUGGGAGAAGUUGGAGCAGGUAUUCAAAUUCCACCACCAUCAACAAAAAUCUUAGAUGCUAUUGGAUGUUUAGACGAAGUUUCAAAGGCUUCGGUUCAUCCAAAGGAUAUUUUAGUUCAUAGAUAUACUGGAGAAAUUAUAUCACAACAAAAUUUAAUUCCACAUGUUCAAGAUAAAUACCAAGGUCAAUAUUUACAUAUCCAUCGUGCUGAUUAUCAUAGUAUCUUAGUUAACAGAGCCCAUGAAUUAGGCGUUGAAGUUUAUUUAGACUCGAAAGUAAUUGACAUCGAUUUUAAAAAAACAACAGUAACUACUGAAAAUGGAGUUACUCAUGGUGGUGAUAUUAUUGUUGGUUAUGAUGGUGUUAGAUCAACUACUAGGAAUUUAUUGACUGGUAGAAAUGAUGGUGCUUAUGAUACUGGUGAUUUGGCUUAUCGUGCAUUAAUUGAUGUUGAAGAUAUGAAAAAGGUUCCAGGAUUAGAAAGAUUUUAUCAAACUCCUAAUAUCACAUUCCAUUAUGGUCCAAAUAUUCAUGUUGUCAUAUAUUUCUUACAUUCAGCUAAAUUAUGUAAUGUUGUCGUAUUAUGUCCAGAUACUUUACAAGAUAAUCAUUUUAGAGAAGAAGCAACAAAAGAAGAAUUAAUUGAAAUGUUCAAAGAUUGGGAUCAAGAUUUGACCAAGAUUUUCAACUUAAUCAAAAAUGUUGGUAAAUGGAAAUUACAAGACUCAAGGGAAUUAGACACUUGGGUUCAUAGAGAAGGUGGUAAUGUAAUUAUAUUGGGUGAUGCUUCACAUUCAACUUUACCAUAUUUAGCAUCAGGUGCAUCACAAGCUGUCGAAGAUGCUGCUGUUUUAGCCGGUUUAUUUUCUAAAAUAGAAUCAAGAGAUCAAAUUCAAGACUUAUUAUAUUUAACUGAAAAUUUAAGAAAAUGGAGAAGUUCUCAAGUUGUAAAAGGUUCUAAAAAUUGUCAAAAUAUUUAUCAUUUACCAGAUGGUCCAAAACAACAAAAGAGGGAUGCUUUAUUGGCUGGAACUCCAAGUUUGGGUUAUCCUAAUAGAUUUGCUGAUCCAGUUUUCCAAGAUUUCCUUUGGGGUUACAAUGCUUUUGAUGAAAUUGAAAGAGCUUGGGGAGAAUAUAAAAAAGGAAUUAAAUCUGUUUAUACUUAUCCUAACUUAUAUUUGAAUGGUGAGGAAGCAGAGUAUGCAAAUAUAAACAGAUCUUGA